ACCAUCUAAGGCGAGUGACUGGUAUACACGAGUAAGGAUAAAUCCUUGGUUCGAUUCUGGUCCUCGUCCCGUAUAAUUUCACGCGAAAAUUUCAAAAGUUUAGUGCUUGAAGGGGUUUAAACACCAAGUGUUGGAUUCAGUAUAUAAUCAAAAUAAAAGCACAUAAAUUUCAUCGUGGACACAAGGUUUAAUUUUUACACACAGAACGGACCAUCGGUUCUCUCGGGUUUCUCUCCCGUAAGAAAAAUUUGAGACUGUAUCGAGAAUAUUGGGACAGACAGUAACGGCACAUGAUCUAGUGGGCUGAAAAAUAUACAAAGGGUGGGGGUAUAUCAAGAUUGGUGCCUCUUUGCCGAGGUAACGCUAGUGAAUGCCGACGAGUCAUCUUUUCAGUCUGAGGUUGGAACGCUUCGCGAGAACACGCACUCUAUAUCAAACUACGCGGUUAUAAUACUGUGUUAUCAGUCGUUGAUUGUGACAUAAAAAAAUGUACGAAACAGCAAAAAUGAAGAAGAAACAUAUCGACGAUGUGCAAACGCAAACGGUUGAUGAACAUUUUAAAUUUCUCCUGGAGGAUAACAGUGUCAUCAAUCCGGAAGCAACCGAUGUAACACCCGAUGAUCUUCCAGACUGGUACGAUAAAAAUUUGUAUAAAGAAGCUCAAAAAUUUUAUUUGCGAAAUAUAUUAUCAAUGAUGGCGGCAGCCACAGUCGGAAUUAUUGCAGUAUUUUCAGUGGUGACAAUACGAAAGAUACUCGAGCACACAAAACGAAGUAGUUCGACUCGCAUGGCUUUUAAAAGAUAUGUUGAAACUCUUUUGCACAUACACAACUUAUCUACGUGCGAUUUAAAUGACAUAGACUCCAAAUGGUACAAGUCGAUGAAUGUAAUUCGUUGGCAUCACAAAAUGGGCAGCAAGAAAGCAAAGAACGCUGGUAUUGGAGAAAUUACACAAAGGGACAUGGUACUCACUCAAUUUGGUUUCUUGGGAUACCUCUUUCUCUUUCCCAAGUCUUUUGGAACGUGCAGUACAUUGGAAGAAGAUGAAGCGAUUAAUCAUUUCUGGCGUGUAAAUGGCUACAUGUUAGGAAUCCCUGAUAGGUUUAAUUUGUGUCGCAAAAAUGCAAAAGAGACCACUGAACUAUGUGAAAAGAUCAAAGAUCUGUAUGGAACUUAUUUACGCGAUGCUCCGCGUGAAUUUCAUGACAUAACAACACAUGCUUUGGAUGGCGUUUGGUAUAUUGAUAUCUUAACGGAUAAAGAUUCUUUUAUGUCAUUCAUCUAUAAAUUACAUGGUCUCGAAUAUAAAAAGCUUGGAUGGUACAGUUGGUUAGUUGCAAAAUAUCGUGAAUGGCUGUUUUAUUUGUGCCUUGUACCUUAUGUCAGAGUAGUAAUGAAAAUAUAUAGUUACUACUUGGUUAAGUUCAUACUUUGGAACUCGCAAAACUUUCCUCUACUUGCAUGGAUGAAAUUUGGGAGAGAGAAUGUUAAGCUUAAUUUAUACCCUAAACACUAACAGUUGUAAACACGACGUUAUGGACGGCGCACAGUGACUUCUUCCCCGGAGAUAUUAUUUACAGAAUGUGUUAGACUUUUAUAAAUAUUAUACCAAUUAAUAUUUUUUAUAGACAUUUUAAUAGGAAUCUUCAAAUGCCUAUAACAUGCAGUAAUUUGUAGUUAUCGACGUUAGUUGAGUUUCACUAAAAAAAAAGUAAUAUAAGUAUGUAUUAAGAACUAACAAUAAUUUUUAAUUUUGUAGAAUUGUCUUACAUGAUAAUGUACUUCCUUUAUUAUAACUAUAUGUAUAAUUAUUUUUAAGAGUUUAAGUUUUUCAGCUUAUGUAGAAUCGAUUCGAUUGCAGAUCGAUACUAACUUUAUUAUUAACAGUUAUAAUUUCUCAUGUAAAUAAAAGAAUUAAUAUCAAAUGAUCUAACAAGUAAAUUUGUGGAAAGGAAACGCCCUUAGGAAAAUGACUCUGUCUACAAAUUUCUUUGGGAAUGUCCAACUAUUUUUGUUUUUGCAGAUAUGUCGUGGAUAUCAAAUAAUUGCGAGAAAUGCAUGCAAUAAAUUUCGGCUGUACAUCAAUAUUUUUGUUAGUUGUAUAUAAAUUUAUUUAACUCUGCAAUUGUGUUACAUUGUGUUACAAAAUUGCCUUACAUUAGACGUUAUUGCAUGCAAAUGUCACAUAUUCUUCAAAUAAUGUUUAUGAACUACAUAUAAUAUUAUAAAAGACAAGUUGAAAUAUUGAAUAUGUUAAAAAUUACUUGUACUUUUACCUAGGAAUUUCCAGCAAAAUAUUAAAAAGUUUCUGUCAAGGAAAAAA